AAAAUCAGAUGAGCGAAAAUGCGAAGACACCGAUCGCCAUCUACCGAUGAGAAGAUUAACUGAAUUUCGACCUUGGUGGUGGUAACGUCUUUUUUUUGUGCUCCUGGAAAAUUCUUAAAAAUCUGAAUAAAUUUAUAUGAUAGUGAAUAGAAUUUAAAUAAAAAGUGAUUUCUAGGUGUACUAGUGAUACUGUGUCAUCAGAAAAAGGGAUAAAUAUGAACUCAGCAUCAGGAAAUCAGCCUGAACUUAAACGUCUCAAAGACCUAAGACUUUCCAACAAAAACAAAUUCAAAAUAUUGAUGAAUUACUUUGAAAGUCAACAUGAUAAAAACAUGAACACUGAAUUGGUCCAAGCGGAACUAACUGCAUACCCGAUUAUUAAAUUCUUUCAGCUUAUGAUGAAAGAUCACACCUGGUUAAAGGAAAUACCAAAAGAAAAACUCCUUGAAAUCAACAAAUUCAUUGACAGAUUAAUCCACAUUAACAACCAAGUAACAAAUGAAAUGGAAAAAGAGGACAACCAGAUUGAAAUACAAAAUCUCUCCAACAACCAGAUAAAAAAUUUGCUCUCGAUUCAAGUAAACAAAAGACAAGAUAUCCCGAAAACAUGGUAUGAUGUAACGCAUAUAAAAAUACUGUAUACGAUUAUUGUGAAAAUACCGGGUCUCAAAAAUGAAAGAGAAAAGAAAAUUGGAGAAAUCACCACGGAAUUAACUGAAAAACUACUAGAAGAAACCUCGGAAGAUUCAGGAUCAGCAGAGGAGGUAAUUCCAGGAUUUGAUUCUGCAAAAGUGAGAUGCUCGAGCACUUCUGAGAGAAUCAAAGUUUUCAACUUUCUAAAGAAAUCAAAGCCUCAAUGGUUGAUCCAAAUACCACCGAUACAAGAUCCACAAGUAAAAUUAUCUGCUGUACGAUUUGAUGAGGAGAAUAUAAAUCUAUGGCUUGAGCGGCUGUUCAUUAAGAAUCGAUGGAAACGCUGUUGGAAAGCGUGUAUCAAACAUUUCUACAAAGUUGGAAAAUUAUAUGACGUGAUACUGGAGGUUGACCCAGCUCUAAGAGAAUGGAUUGAGCAAAGAAAUGGAUUUGUAUCGGCGGGAUAUAAGAGAAUAUCAGUAGUGGACCACUUCGAUAUUAAGCAGUGUCGAAACUGUACCCGAUUUGGUCACCUCGCAAAUAGAUGCUCGCAGAUCAGCUUAUGUCCAUAUUGUGGAGGAGUUAAUCACUUUCAUGAAUCCUGCGAGAUUAAAGACUUACCACACAAGUGGAAAUGCCCAAAUUGCCUGAAAAAUGGAGAAAAUGCUUGGGAAAUCAAAUGUGCGAAAUUUCAAGAACGAUUACUACAUGAACUGGAAAAGAAAAAUUAUCAAUACAAGCUAAUCAUGGCCUAAGGAAGGAUUAAUAAAAAAACAAUUAACACUAAUUGCUUAAACAAAGAAAACAUCAUAAACACAAAAUAAUUAUCGUAAUAAUAACAAGAAACUAACACUUUUCCUUCUGCUAACAAUUAACAAACUCUCUUCUCGCUAACAAUUAACAAACUUUCCUUAAUUAACAAACUUCCCUUAAUUAACAAACUUCCCUUUAAGUAACAAUAACAAACGAUUCCUUCUUCCCACACUAACAAUCAUCUCCUCAGGCUGAAAAGUAAACUAAUCCCUCAGCGAGAUGUUAACUCUGUUACUAAUCAGCAAGUUAAUCAUCUUAGCACUCAAUGAAACUGCUAAUUACCAAAGCUACUGAUCCUCAAACACUAACAAAUAAAAGAAAAACAAUUAAGAAAAACAAUUAAGAAAAAUAAUUAAAAUAUUAAAAAUAAAAGUUGCCCUAGAGAGUAAAUGUAUCACAGAUCAAAGGUUAGUAGACUCAUUCAGUACAAACUUGAAUCUCGUGUUGAAAACAACAAUGAAUCAACAAAUAAAACGUGAAUUACAGGCCAAAAGACUUGGAUGGUUAAA